GGUUCUUUACUCGGGAAUGUACAGCAAGAUCAAAUUAUUUUCUAGAAAACAAAAUGGGAAAGGGACACCAAGGCAAAUGCUUUGGAUUCGUCCUCUUACUAUGCUUCUUCAGUUCAACAACUUUCGCACGAAGGAUUCUUAAGGAUCUUGACCAUGUAGUGAAGCCUGGAAAGGUUAGUUUGAUCGAGCAAGAUCAUGGCUUGUUCAAUGUAGAACCUGAGCACAAAGUCAAGCCUGGCCAUAAAAUAAUGCCUGAUUACAGAGAGAAGCUUAAUGAUGGUGACAAAGAGAAGAUUGAUGAUAUAGAGAAGCCUGAUCAUAAAGUAAAGCCUGGUUACAAAGAGAAGCUUAAUGAUGGUGACAAAGAGAAGAUUGAUGAUAUAGAGAACCCUGAUCAUAAAGUAAAGCCUGGUUACAAAGAGAAGCUUAAUGACGGUGACAAAGAGAAGAUUGAUGGCAUAGAGAAGCCUGAUCAUAAAGUAAAGCCUGGUUACAAAGAGAAGCUUAAUGAUAGUGACAAAGAGAAGAUUGAUGACAUAAAGAAGCCUGACCACACAGUUAAGCCUAUGGGAUAUGGCUAUGGCAUUGGUUAUGGCAGUGGAGGCAGUGGCUUCGGAGAAGGAAUAGGCUCUAGUGGAGGAAGUGGCUUCGGAGAAGGGAUAGGCUCUAGUGGAGGUAGUGGCUUUGGAGAAGGGAUAGGCUCUAGUGGAGGUAGUGGCUUUGGAGAAGGAAUAGGCUCUAGUGGAGGAAGUGGCUUUGGGGAAGGAAUUGGCUCUAGUGGUGGUUCAGGUGUUGGCAUUGGAGAAGGAAGAGGAUCAGGGUAUGGCCAACCUAACUGCGGUCCAAUCGCAGGAGCCCCAGGUAGCGGAUUUGGUGAAGGCAUUGGACGAGGUAGUGGUUCAGGUGAAGGGAUUGGUAUCGGUAUAGGAGGAAGUGGCUCUACUGGUGGUGUAGUUGUCCCUCCCAUAAAUGUACCAGGCACAACAAUCCCUCCCAUAACAGUACCAGGCACCCAUAUUCCCGGUUUUGUGAUUCCAGGAGUGACUGUUCCUGGUUAUGGUACUGGUGGAUGCCAGACCGGUGGGUGCACCCCAAGCGUGCCAUACUAUCAUCCACCUAUAUACCAACCACCAGAGUGUCCACAUUGUCCUCCUUACGUUGCAGGACAAGACAAACACAUGGUAGAUAAAGAAACCAUGACGGAAGCUCUUGCACCCAUGUCAAGCGAGAUGCACGCCUAAGCUAUUUAGUGACCAGAGAAACAGAGAGUCUAAGAAAGUCACUCAUAAUGAGAUUUAAAGUAUGUUUUGGUUUUGGUAAGCUUCAUGUUAAGUUGAAUAAUCCUCCUACUUUACCCAAGUAAAGUUCUGAAUAAGUGAAAUGUGGAGAAGAAAUAGUAUUUAUGUAAAGAAGCAGGCAACUGGAACUGUAUGUUGCAUUUUCAUGGAUGUAUCUUUGACAAUGAGUUUUUAAUAGGCCCCAAGCUUGUAUAAUAGUGUGUUAUUUUCUUAAAAUUUAAAAUAAAGAGUUAUUA